AUGAAACAAUUUGCAAUUUUAUUAAUGCUUGCUCUCUUGGGUAUGCUCCUAACAUUUGCAUCUGCAAACAAUUGUGAUCGAUGCUAUCAGUUAGCUGAUGAUGUCUUCAAUCAGUGUAGAUCCGGAGGUCAUGAUUACAGAACUUGUAUUGGUCUCUACAAUAGUUACAUAUCAACAUUAUUUCGAUCUGUUCCAUUUAAUAUCUAUAGCAACAUGAAUCAACAAAAAGAUUUAAAGGAUCUUUUAGCAAAAUUCUUUAAUGACGAUCUUCAAUUUAGUUUUUUACAAAGUAUCAGACAUAGUGCCAGGGAUAGACCAAUGUCAGAAAGCCUUAAGAAUAUCGUCUCUGGUUUAAAAAUUCACUUUAAAAACAAGGAAUCAUCCAACAACAAUGAUGAACAUAUCGAUAAUGAUCAACAAAAGUUAAUAUAUCUACAUAAUACAGCAAAUAUCUAUUUCGGUAACGAGUUAAUUGAUCAUUUUAAAAGAUAUAUUGUCGAUUACCUCAAACCUGCAAGACAUGCUGAACCGAAUCUCGAUCUUAUUAACUUUGAUUCGGCACUCUUUGAUGAUACAUGUCUAGAUAUACUUGAAUCACUUUGCAAAGAAGACGAUCUUAAAGAAGUAUAUUCAAUCUAUUUCCAAUUAUGUGUUACCAAAGGAGAUGAUUUAGGAUAUGAAAGGCUUGACCGAUUGUACCAAGAGACCAAUAUCUCUAAAAUCGAAAGAUUUUGUCUACAAAUCAUCAACGAUAAAGAGUCAAUCUUUUUAUCAGAUGAAAAUAGAUUCUUCCUCAUUACUAUGGUUAUCAUGCACAACCCAAAGAGGAUAUCAGAUUUACAUCAACAUCAUCAAUUGGUAUUUGAGAACGUAUUUACAUGUUCUUCUCUGUUAUUCACAAUCACCGCGAACAAUCUGACAUUAUUUGAAAAGUAUUUUGAAGUGAAUGAAAAAAACACCACAUUUAUCAGUGAUAUGGUCAAGGAUGGAAAGCUUCAUUCUACCCAUAAAUAUGGACAGUUUGACUUGUUUUUCCCCAUGUACCACCGAUUUUUGCAAUCGGAAGCUGAGGAGAUCUAUGAGAAGUAUCUCGAUGAUCUUGAUAUGGUUUCAAGAUAUUUCUUGCUUUCAAUGCUCCCUGCCACUUAUAUGGAGAGACCAGAGACGAUACAGUAUAUUAAAGAUCAUAUCACUUUCAGUAACCUCAAUUCUCUGGUAUUUAUUUCACUCUAUGUUCAAAAACAAAUAGAUAUUCCAAAUGAUAUUCGUCACAUAUCAAUAUGGGAUGACUACAGACAAAGCGAUAUCGACGACAUUUUUAAUAUCAAGGAAGUUGUCAUUCAAUCAGUGAUUUCAUUGUAUCAAAUCAAUCAAAAUUCAAUGUUGAUUUUCAUCCUAUUUAAUCUUUUGAAUGAUUACCGAUCAUCAGAUUUCAUGGUUCAAACAAUCAGACCUUAUAAACACCUUUUGGAUAGAUUACAAGACAAAGACAAUGUUGAUAUCAAUGUUGAUAAGUUUCCACUUUGGGUUGAAGUUACUGAAUAUAUCAAUCAAGAACAACGAUUAAAAUUAUUGAAAUUCUUUUGGAGUAAAGGUUUUUCAAUAGAACAAAUGGAAACCGUUGAUUGA